AUGGACCCAAGCAUAGUAGAGACUGUGAGGAAAAAGUUCCAGACAAUAAGACAGUUGCAGAAGGAGCAAGUGGGCCAUAAACGUAAAAAUAUAUUGCCGAUGAUUGGAGUCGGGAAAGAGAAGAAGGAGCGGAAAUAGAAAGUUCGAUGAUAAAUUUAAUAUUUCCAACAUUAUUCAAAAGGCUAGAAAAUAAAAUCACAAACAAAUACUCAAAAUUUUCAAAAUUGUAUCAUGGGGAGACUACUCUCAAGAGCCAACGGAAGCUUGUCAAGCGUCAAGAUUAUGGUAUGAUCAAAAUUAACACAAGAGGAAAAAGUUCUGAAAUCAAGCUGUCUCAUAAAAAGUCUAUAACUUCUGGUCUAAAUGAUAAAAUCGUGGACCCUUAUUGGAAGAAUGAUAUCUUGACAUCUUUAAAUGCCUCUAUACGUAAAGAUCAUCUGAUAAAGGACACUAGCAGCACUUCUCCUACAAAGAAUAUUACACGUAGGAACAAGAAUUUAGACUCAACAAUUCUGACACCCUUUACACUGAAUUUUGAUUCUCCGUAUAACUUUAAAGAGCUUCCUCAAACUGUUAAGCAUGAUUGACUACACAGAAGAUCUUCAUCAGUUAAACCAAUUAAGAAAGAUGGGUGAAAUAUGGAUAAAGAUCUACCAAGGGAUUACAAAGUUUUUGAUGUCAACAUGACGAUCAGUCCAUUAUAUUCUAAAAUGGAAAAUAAGACUAAUAUAGAUGCAAACCCUGCUCCCAUUGACUCAACUCCUGAAGCAGUUAAGCACUACGACAGAUUCGCUUACCAAAAUGUCUAUUUGAAGAAUAAUAGGAUUCCUUCAAGACUCUUGGGAGAUAAAGACAUUAAAAAGAGUGAACAGGUUACUAAAGUUAGGAAUGAUUUCUCCCCAAUCAUGAGGCAAGAAAAGGCUGGCCCAGGAUACUCUAACAAGGACCAUCUCAAUAAAACUAUUGAUAGUAACAAGAAGAUCCCGUUUAUAUUAGGCCAUGAAAUACCUAAAAUUAACUACAAAAAACAGAAGAACAAGGAGUUUAAAUUUCUACUUGAGAAAGCAAUAACCGAAGACUCUCAAAAGCAAGGAAUUAAAGCUAGUUUGUAGAGUUAGAGCUUCUAGAUAUACUCCCUCAAAGUUGUGGUAUAGUUGUAACCUUUCUGAUUGGCCUCUAGUUAAAUUUUAUAAGCUUCA